CAAAAACAAAAGGCAUGCAGAUUGUGACAAUAUUUGUUUUUGUGUCAUUUGAUCCACACGGCUUUUGAUCUUCAGUAGUAUAUAUACAGUGGACGUUGUACAAGUUAAAUCCUGUUUUUCUUUGCAUGCAUGUUAUUUAUUCAUUUCAUACCUCAUAAACUCUCCAACCAACAACUAACAAUUCCCACCUUUCAAAUGGGUUAUUUUUGUCACGUGUGUAAUUCGGUCAGGUUAAAUACACUAAGACAUUUUAGUGAGAUGAGACUUCUACAAAUUGUAUUCCAUCUCUCGAAAAGAUGAUCGGUAGGUUACCUACCUAGCUCAAAUAGCUAUAACAAAAUGAGGACCGUCAAUGGGUCCACCUUGUGAACAAGAUGAGGACCAUCAGAGGAUCUACCAUGUGAUUCAUAUGGUAUAAGUUGUCUGACACAGCUGGUGAAAGUAAAAAGGUUCCUAGUAGAAGUACUCGCCGUAAGAAGACAAAAAGGCGUUGGUUGAGGGAAAGAGCUCAAAAUGAAGAGCAACAGCAACAGUUAUUUGAAACAAGUUUAGAACAAGGGCCAAGUCCAAAUGAUGAUGUUGAUAUGGAUGAUGACACUGUUCCUGUGGUAGUUAAGCCAGGUCACAUUCGAUUUGAGCCAGUUGGAAAAGUUGUGACGGAUCAGGCUGGGCAGGAAAAGCAAAACCAUUUCCUUAAGGAAACAUUGCAUUGGAAUGGCAUCACCAACAAGAAGAAGGGCCAAAAAUGGGGCAAAGAGAAAAGUCCAUCUUGGAAGAGGAACAAUUCUAACGAUUGUAGCAGCGAACCUCUUCAAUUACUUUCUGAAACUGAGCAACCUAAAACUCCGGUUCCUGUAGUUGGUUCAAUACAUUUUGAUGAACUUCCACCGUACACUGGCUUGCCUCAGGUUUGGUUUGCACAGAUAGCUUCCAUUUGCUUUCUUAAGUGUUUAGUUGGGCAUGCACGUUUUGCGAAGUGGAAUAAUCAAGUCACGUUAGCAGUUCUCAUUAAAUUACAUUUUUCAUUUCCCAAGUCCCAACUUAUUCUUUAUGGCCCAAUUUCAUAAGUCUCAAAUUUUAUAUAGUUAUGUAGGCAGCUACUUUUCAUAGUUGCAAAAAGAGGAAAAACCGAAUGAUUAUCAAACUUCUUAUUGAUUAA